UUAUUGAACCAUGGAGGAAAUUUAUGUCAGUGUUGAAGAUCCCAAACAUAACAAUUCAAAAUCUUCACCAGGUCACACAGGAACAAGAGGCUGUGAUAGGAGUUUCCAUUUAGGAGUUAUUAUCUGUCCUGGAAUGCUGAGUGUUUUCCUGCUGACUGGACUCAUCACCCUCGGUGUUUACUAUCAUGUUUCAGCUACAAAUCUCUCUGCUGAGUCUAACAAGCUUUCCGCUGUAACUGAAGAGAGAGACCUGCUGCAAGCCAACCUCACUGAAAGGACCAAAGAGCUGGAGAGACUGCAGAGUUUGUUCAAGCAGAAGACAACAUGUCCUGCAGGAUGGCACAAGUUCAGCUGUAGCUGUUAUCUCCUGUCUAAAAGCUCUGGUUCCUGGCAUUCAGCUAGAAAACACUGCACAGACCAAGGAGCAGAUUUAGUGGUCAUAGAUAGCCCUAAUGAACAGAACUUCAUCGUUUCAAUCACCCAGCAUUUAGCUUGGAUUGGUUUAAGUGACAUAGAACAAGAGGGCACGUGGAAAUGGGUAGACGGAACGCCUCUGACUCUGAAAUACUGGGCACCUCGCCAGCCUGACAACAAGGGGUCUACAGAGAACUGUGUUAUGAUCGGAUAUGAAGGAAUUCACUGGAAUGAUGGAAGAUGUGAAGCUUCUUUCCAGUGGGUCUGUGAAAAACAACUGUAACAGCUGAAUUUGUUUGACAAUUAGAUUUGUACAUAUGUUUCAAAUCAGGCUAUGAAUGUCAUUUUAUUAGCAUUUUAUAUAUCCUUUUCUGAAUAAGUAGUAAGCUUUAGUGAAAAAACAACCCUUAAAAUAUAACUAUGCCUAUAAUAACAACAAUAAUAAUAAUAAUGAGUAACUGAUCCAUUUUAUUUGGAUAGCACUUUUAAAAACAUAGAGUUCAAUUCAAUUCAAUUUUAUUCAUAUU